GAGUCUGACAAUUUCCGUUGGACAGUCGCAGAAUCCUCUUUGAAGAAAGUUUCGUCCGAGAGUCUGCGGCCAAUCCUCGCUCCCUGCAAGGCUGCAACAAAGCAGUGACACUACAACGAACCUUUGGCUGCUAUUUUACGCUUACCCGUCGUCGCUCCCUGCAAUCUUACGCUCCCAAAUCUCAUUAACACUUUAAUUAACCGUCAACGUACCGACUAAGCCUUUUCCUACUCUUUGUUUACAUCGGUUCAGGCUGAGUGAAGAAUAGCAAUGCUGUUGACUUUUGGCGUGUGCUUGUUACUGUACCGCCUUCUAUUUCUAAUAUGUAUCAUCUUAAGAUCCGUGGGACAAGGGAAUGCAGGAAUCACAAGCACUUUUAUUCGUUCUGAAUGGCCAUCGGUUGAUAUCCCUCUUGAUAAUGAAAUAUUUUCAAUCCCAAAAGUUCAUAACGCCCCACAACAAGUGCAUAUCACUCAAGGUGACUAUGAUGGAACGGCUAUAAUAAUUUCAUGGGUUACAACUGAUGAACCAGGGAACAGCAAAGUACAAUAUGGCACAUCAAAGCAGAAAUAUGAUUUUACUGCUGAUGGCACAGUGGCAAACUAUACCUUUUCAACCUAUAAGUCCGGCUACAUUCAUCACUGCCUUGUUGAUGGCCUUGAGUAUAACACGAAGUACUACUACAAGCUUGGAGUUGGCGAUUCUUCUCGUGAAUUUUGGUUUCAAACACCUCCAAAUAUUGAUCCAGAUGCUUCCUAUACUUUUGGAAUUAUUGGUGAUUUGGGUCAAACGUAUAAUUCUCUUUCCACUCUUGAGCAUUACAUGCAGAGUGGGGGACAGACUGUCUUAUAUGUUGGUGAUCUCUCUUAUGCUGAUAGAUAUGAAUACAAUAAUAUUGGUAUUCGAUGGGAUGCAUGGGGCCGUUUUAUUGAGCGAAGUACUGCAUAUCAGCCAUGGAUUUGGUCAGCUGGGAAUCAUGAAAUAGAGUACAUGCCAAAUGUGGGAGAAGUUCUGCCUUUCAAGUCAUAUCUACAUCGAUUUGCUACACCCAAUAUAGCAUCACAUAGCACCAGUCCUCUCUGGUAUGCUGUUCGAAGGGCGUCUGCACAUAUUAUUGUCCUAUCCAGCUAUUCUCCAUUUGUGAAAUAUACACUUCAAUGGAGGUGGCUGCAAGAAGAACUAAAAAGAGUGGAUAGGAGGAAGACACCUUGGCUUAUUAUUCUCCUUCAUGUACCCAUCUACAGUAGUAACUCAGCCCACUAUAUGGAAGGUGAAAGUAUGCGAGCUGUCUUUGAGAGAUGGUUUGUCUGUUAUAGAGUUGAUUUCGUAUUUGCUGGGCACGUUCAUGCCUAUGAAAGAUCGUAUCGCAUCUCGAAUAUACAUUACAAUGUGUCAAGCGGUGACCGUUAUCCAAUACCUGAUGAAUCAGCUCCAGUGUACAUAACUGUUGGAGAUGGAGGAAAUCAGGAAGGUCUUGCUGGAAGGUUUUGGGACCCACAACCAGAUUAUUCUGCAUUCCGUGAAGCCAGUUAUGGUCAUUCUACAUUGGAGAUCAGGAACAGAACCCUCGCAUUUUACCAUUGGAAUCGAAAUGAUGAUGGGAAAAAAACAGAGACAGAUUCAGUAACAUUUUACAAUCAGUACUGUACAUUUAAAGUCAACACAGUUGAUUGAGUUCCUCCUGGAUUGGGCUGUCACUAAUAGAAAAGAUCAAGUCAGUGAACCAAAUUUUAUCAUGGUCAAUAAAAGAAACGCUCUCCAGAUGCCAACAAAAGUUGCAGUCAUAAUAAAUUAUCUGCAUAUCUAUUGGUUAUGCUAUGGCUCAGAUGAAGGGCUGGUGCUAAAAAAUCUUCUAAUGGUUAACUCAAUGAUCUUUACUUAAUCCUGUAAUGCUAGAAUGACAGCGGAUGAAGUUAAAUUCUUGUAUCCGUAUUGAGCUUCUGUUGAGUUGUUAGAAAAUGGCUAAUCAAUGUCACUACCAGUUGUCUACCAAACCAAAUCCUGAUUAGAGAUGCCCUAGCAAAACUAUCUCGUAGAUGGCCAUUUGCUUGCUCUCAUGGGCCAUGAAUCCCAAUCAAGCAUUCAAAUGCAGGUUACUCUUAGUAAAACUAGGGAUGUAGUGAAGUAUGUUGUCACGAUCUAUUAUC